AUGUUCAAGGCUUCUACUUUCGUCGCCUUUCUUGUCUUCGUUUCUUUUGCUUCCGCUUUGGAUGAUGAGCAACGUGAGUUUCAGUACUGAUCCGCUAAAAAAAUUCAACUUGCCUACCUCAUUCGGAAGAGUUUUGAAAACACAUAAUGUUAGAAUUUUAAUGAAAUUUGGCUUGUUGAUAUGCUCAGAUACUCCAAAGUGGUAACGAUAGGGGCAAUCUCAUGGGGCUCUUGGGUCCCCUCUAGGGACAACCUUACUUCCGGAGCCAUGAAAGCAUGCAAAACUGGUACCUUUAGGGGCUUAGAGACCACCUAAAUUUUACUUUUGUAAAGGUUUUUUUUUGUACCUUUUUAGUGCUGUUUUCCCCUAAGCGCAAGAGGGACCGCUCUGAAGUACCCAAGUAAAUUUUUAAAAAUCCGAGUAUAAGAACCCUUGUGGGUAUAAGAGCUCAAACGUAUUUGAAUCAAAAACUUUAUUUAGAGCCCGAGAAUAAGCAGUUUUUCAUCCAAUAAUCUUGUCAAAAGUAAAUUAGGUAUAUCUGAAAAACCAUAAAAAAUAAUUAUUUCAGAAGCCGUUGUCCAAGCGAUGAAAGACGCCGCCCUUUCUGACGCCGCGAUUCAAGGUCUCAGCAAAAUCGGAGCUCAACAUGAGGUACGAAAAACGAAAAAGCUCAACUAUUUUUUUUUCAGGACGCCAUGAAAGACCUUCAAGCGCACCCGGAAAAUUCGAUCGAAGCCAUCAAAUCGCUCAACGACGACAUCAACGACUUCAUGUCAUCUGCUACGGAAUCCGAUCGGACUGCCUGGAAGGCCUUUGAAGCCAAGAUGGCGAGCAACACCGGCGAGGUCUUCAACAAGGCCAUGAGAGACGCCGGUAUUUCCGAGCCCACGAUCGCCGAACUCACCAAGAUUGGUCAACAGCAUGCGGUAUUUCUUCUAGAAAAUUUUUGAUCUAGAAUCUAUUUAGGGUGCCCUGAACUCCGCCCAAGGAAAUGCUGAAGCGACAAAAGCCGCCUUCGAAGCUUUGAAUGCUGAUAUCCAGAAAUACAUCGUCACGACUUCCGCGGAAGACCAGGCCGCGUGGAAACAAUACGAACAAAAGCUCAAGACUGCCUUUGGAAUCAAACAGGCUAACUAA